CCGUCGUUGACCCCGUCGCUCGACCGGUCAUAGAGGGAGGCUGCCAUGGGAGAGCGCUCCCGAGGAGGAUGCGGAUCGAUGGCCGGAUGGACAGCUCUUCCCGGCGAGCCGUAAGACUGCCCCAAAAACUUACGUUCCUGCCAAAAUCCAUACUGCGGUUCAAGAUUCGCGGCCGCAGGUCGUGCGACUGGUAUUUACUGCCCCACGACGUGCGAGUGGCACUCUUUCAGUUUUCAAGGGGGGCGGGAGGGGAUUCGCACCCGGCGGUUUCGCUCAUGGACUCGUCUCCAACCUUCCGCCGGCGAGAAUCCGAGGACAAUGAGCCUUCUCCGAUGAGCUUUGUUGUGCCUGAUAAUGCGCCUCCUCUAACGUAUUUCUCGACGCCAUACCAUGGCGUUAGAACUUCGUCUGGCAGCGGCUCAAAUUUUCCGAUUGGCGGCGAGAACUCCACUGUGCGCCAUCCGGCGAUGCACACAUCCACGUUGACGCCGCCGUGUACUGUUGAACCAAGCGAGAUGAUGACUCCAGAUCCCAGCGCAAGAUACAUACAUGGUAACCAAGUCCGCGAAGAUUUUGUCCCAAAGGAAAAUAUGGCUUUCGUCACCGAUAAGGAAGGGUAUGAAUUUUAUCAACAAUAUGCAAGAUCAGCAGGUUUUGGUAUUACCAAGCUCAAGCGGAAGCCGAUGUCGCGUCUGUAUGCAUGCUCCUGGGGAGGAACGCAAACGUGCGAAAAUGUCCAAGAAGGUUAACUGUGGGGCAGCUGUUAAAAUCAAGAAAAGGGGGAAAGAAUGGAUAUAUGAGAAAGUGAUGUUGGAGCACAAUCAUACUCUGAAUCCUAAUCCAUCUGAAUUGAAGCACAUGUAUUCACAUAAGAACAAAGAUCCUCUUAUCAUAGAGGUUGUUGAUGAUCUGCAGACCUAUGACGUCUCUCCUAAUACAAUAAUGAAUGUGUUGACCCAUUUUCAUGGCAACUAUGAGGUCAUGCCAAUGAAUGAUCGUGACUUGCGAAAUAGAAGAGCAGCCAAUGUACUUAAGAAGCGAGCUGAUGAUGUAAAAAAACUUAGGGCCUUCUUCAAUGAGUUCAGAGCACAUAACAGUAAAUUCUAUUAUGAUAUAGAGGAUGACUCUGAGGGUGUUACGAAGAAUAUAUUCUGGAGUCAUGCUAGCUGCCAGGCAAACUAUGUUGAGUUUGGUGAUGUGGUUACUUUUGAUACAACAUAUAAGUGUAAUUUUUACAAAAUGCCGUUGGCGAUGUUUGAUGGGAGCAACCACCACUUGCAGAAUGUCAUUUUUGGGUUUGCACUCCUCCGUGACGAGACAGAGGAAUCAUUUAAAUGGGCUUUCCAGACUUUCAAAACAUGCAUGGGAGACAAGGAACCUCAUUGCAUACUUACCGAUCAAGAUGUAGCAAUGGAAAACGCUCUUGCGCACGUGUUUCCAAACACGUUGCAUAGGCUAUGCAGAUGGCAUGUAUGGGAAAGGCACAAAGUUGACUUGAAGCCACUGUUUGACUUGCAUGAUGGUUUGAAAGAUAAGCUACUAACAGCAAUAAAUCACCCACUUACCCCUCUAGAGUUUGAGUCUGCAUGGAAGGAUAUGGUGAAUGAAUAUGGCCUCGAGUCAGAUCCUACGAUCAGCACUUUGUAUGAUCAGCAUGCACGUUGGAUUGCGGCAUAUUUCAAAGCUGUUUACUGUGGGAGAAUGACGUCUACGCAGCGCAGUGAAAGCAUGAACAGACUUGUGAAAAGACAUCAUGUUAACACUACGACACCUUUGCAUGAGUUUGCACGAAAAAUGUACCUAGUCUUGCAAAAGAGAAAAGAAGCAGAAGGCCGAGAGACCAUUGCAUGUCAGGCACGCCCAGCAACAAUAACAAACUACCCUCUGGAAAAUCAGUUGAGCAGGAUCUAUACACAUGCCGUAUUCAACAAAUACAAAGAUGCAUAUGUUUAUGGAACAUCUUUCCUUACAAAGAAAGUGGAUGCUGGUCGUUUCCUUGUGGUCUAUGGUAGAGAUGGCCCGUCUUUUUCUUGGUCCCAACAUGAGUUCAAAUUGGUUUGUGAUGAAGAAAAAGAAGACUACAGAUGUGAGUGCAUGCAGUGGGAGCACACAGGAUUGUUAUGCCCACACCUUAUUAUAGUGAUGACAAAUGAGCAGAUUCAGAGGCUUCCUAGCAAGUAUGUGCUAAGAAGAUACACAAGGAAUGCACGGAUUGACCCUCCUUACGACAGGAAUGACACUCUCCAAGUUGGAGCCGAUGGGACGCUAGUUAGCGUGACGCACUUUAAUAUGCUCAGGGAGGAUUUUGCCUGUGUUAGAGCAGGUGACAGAUCAACAAUUGCAUCUGUAAGAGUCAUGAAUGUGUUGAAGGAACUUAGGGCGCAGGUCGAGGAUCUGCCUGCUGAUGUAAUGCCCGUGUUUGAUGAAGGAGGUUGCAGUGCUCCAGCUGACCGUGAGAUGAUUAGUUUUAAAGCCCCGCCACUAUCGAAAACAAAGGGCUCUAGAUCAGAAGAAGGAGAAAGACAUAUCAGCGCACGCGGGCCAAAGAAGUGCACAAGAAGAUGCAGCAAAUGUGGCCUUAUGGACGGUCACAACAAGGCGUCAUGCACCAACAAACAACAAAGCAUCGCGACUGGUGGUACCAAAGGAGGAAGGGGAAGGACGGGCAGGGGGAGGGGAAGGGGAAGGGGAACUACAACUCGGCGCCGUUUAAUAGAUGAGCUGGAAGAAGAUGAAGAUGAUGUGGUAGAUGGUGAAUCAUCUCGCGAAAUAGAUGAUAGCGAUUAGUCAUGUUUUCUGAUGUGUAGAUAACUUGAAUGUGAAAUCUAAGUUGUGUUUUUCAUUACGACUCGUGUAUUCCGAGUAGUCUAAAAGAUAUUGAAAAGUUAUUAUGUCUAAAAUCGUUGUUCCGAAAUUAUUUCAUGCUUUACCUGG